UCUGGAGCCUGUGCUCCGCAACGGGAGAGGCCACGGCGAUGAGAGGCCCGCGUACGGAAAAAAAAAAAAAAAAAAAAAAAAAACCAGAAAAUGGUGCGGUUGGGUGGAUUUCAAAGGACUUCCGGGGUGCCGAUGGAGUCCUCCUCUGGGGGAGUGAUUUCGUUGUCAUUGGAGAUCUUUCCCAAACCGAAUGCUUCCCUCUGGGAUGAUGUUCGGGGAUUGCUGCAUCAAACUGGUCUCUCCUGCUCUGAGAUUUGGUGCUUGUAUAAUAGAAAACAGGACUUCAAGUUCUGAGGACUGUAUGUAAGUCAGAAUUUAGUGUGGGUGGCACACCUCAAAUUUCAUGUGAUCACCUCUGUGUAUUUGUAAGGAUGAUGUGUCUAAAAUCAGACAUGUGAUUAGGGACUAGAGUUAAAUUCCCGGCAGGAAAGAAACGGUACAUUCAAAACAGAUACUCACAGGACAAUCUUUAAGAAGAUACUAUUUAUAAAGAUACGCGCAGGGUUUAAGGAAACCACCAAAGGACAGUGCAAUAUCCCAGCACUUGUGCCAUCUGGGAGCCAUUAACUCCUAGGCUGGAAGAGGUGAGGGGAUGGAGUGCUUAUGAGAAGCUCAGAGGGUAGGUUUAUGACAAGCGCUGACUGCUGACACUCUGUGCCCUUGUACAGGAACUCAAGCGACCCAAGGCAGCCCGGCAGGGAGGGAGCGAGGGUCAAGCACCCCGACCACACCUUCCUCUAACCUCCAGCUCUUGCUGGUGCCUGACAUUGGCUAAAGCAACCAAAAGCCAGGGGGCACAGUCCACAUGGGUCAGCCUCCUUGAGCACAGAGCUGGACAGAGAACAGAGGCUAGACUUAGAGGGGCAGAUGAAACACACACAGUGACCACCCAUGCUUGGGCCAUGGUGGCCUCUGUCCCAGUCCACUUUUCCUUUCCCAACUCAAUUACCACUUAACCUUAUCAUUUGGUCAGAACACAAUAAAAACUGCUAUAUUCUUCAGAGAAUUACUGUGACUAGCCAUAACAUGGAGUUUAUUAUUGAAAUACGGCUUGCAAAAUUUUAAAUAACCGAAUUUUUGUAUAGUAGCAAACACUUAGGUUCUGGGGCUAAUUCUGGCAUUCACUAUCAGCUAGAGUGGUUCAGGGCAAGCCAGUUUUCACAGGGAUAAAAGGGUCACAUAAGCCUCCUGGAAAAGAAAAUAGGGAAUGAGAAAGCCCCAGACACUCUGAAGCACAUACAAACAUUUAAUUAUAUUUUGCCUGCCACACAGUAAUGGCUGCCUUCAAGACAAGGGGCCUCACAUGUAUAUUCUGGUUCCCAGCGUGAGUGCAUCUCUAUCCACGUGGGACAGGCGGGGGUCCAGAUCGGCAAUGCCUGCUGGGAGCUCUACUGCCUUGAACAUGGAAUUCAGCCCGACGGCCAGAUGCCAAGCGACAAAACCAUCGGCGGUGGGGAUGACUCGUUCAACACGUUCUUCAGUGAGACUGGGGCUGGCAAGCAUGUGCCCAGAGCCGUGUUCGUGGACCUGGAGCCCACCGUGGUCGAUGAAGUGCGCACGGGGACCUACAGGCAGCUCUUCCACCCGGAGCAGCUGAUCACCGGGAAGGAGGACGCGGCCAAUAACUACGCCAGAGGCCAUUACACCAUCGGCAAGGAGAUCGUCGAUCUGGUCCUGGACCGGAUCCGCAAACUGGCGGACCUGUGCACGGGCCUGCAGGGCUUCCUCAUCUUCCACAGCUUCGGGGGCGGCACCGGCUCGGGCUUUGCGUCUCUGCUCAUGGAGCGGCUCUCGGUGGACUAUGGCAAGAAGUCCAAGCUGGAGUUCGCCAUCUACCCAGCCCCCCAGGUGUCUACAGCUGUGGUGGAGCCCUACAACUCCAUCCUGACCACGCACACGACCCUGGAGCACUCGGACUGUGCCUUCAUGGUGGACAACGAGGCCAUCUAUGACAUCUGCCGGCGCAACCUGGACAUCGAGCGGCCCACGUACACCAACCUUAACCGUCUGAUCGGGCAGAUCGUGUCCUCCAUCACGGCCUCCCUGCGCUUUGACGGCGCCCUCAACGUGGACCUGACGGAGUUCCAGACCAACCUGGUGCCCUACCCCCGCAUCCACUUCCCCCUGGCCACGUACGCCCCAGUCAUCUCGGCCGAGAAGGCCUACCAUGAGCAGCUGUCCGUGGCCGAGAUCACCAACGCCUGCUUCGAGCCGGCCAACCAGAUGGUCAAGUGUGACCCUCGCCACGGCAAGUACAUGGCCUGCUGCAUGCUGUACAGGGGGGACGUGGUCCCCAAAGACGUCAAUGCGGCCAUCGCCACCAUCAAGACCAAGCGCACCAUCCAGUUUGUGGACUGGUGCCCGACUGGGUUCAAGGUGGGCAUCAACUACCAGCCCCCCACGGUGGUCCCAGGGGGAGACCUGGCCAAGGUGCAGCGGGCCGUGUGCAUGCUGAGCAACACCACGGCCGUCGCCGAGGCCUGGGCCCGCCUGGACCACAAGUUCGACCUCAUGUACGCCAAGCGCGCCUUUGUGCACUGGUACGUGGGGGAGGGCAUGGAGGAGGGCGAGUUCUCGGAGGCCCGGGAGGACCUGGCAGCGCUGGAGAAAGAUUACGAAGAGGUGGGCGUGGACUCGGUGGAAGCAGAGGCCGAGGAAGGGGAAGAGUACUGAAUGCGAGGGCGCGGCUAUAGGCCCCCUGUCCCCCGACUGUCACAUUACAGAUGUGUUUACCUAUUAAAGUUUCUGUAUUGAGCAU